CUCCAGCCGGUCUGCAGCACGCCUGCCCAGAACCUCUGGCACGUCUGCCCAGAACAGCCUGGCGGCAGAGUGUCCCGGGUGCCACUCUGCGUGUUCACCCCGGGGCCACAACCUAAGGUCGGGAGCUGUGCCCACAGUACCGUAAGCCCCUGCAGGAGCUGGAAUCCCAGCCAGGAUUCCCAGGCCCCACGCUGGUCUGUGUGCAGGGGAGCGGUGCUGCUGUCAGAGGCGCCUGCAAGGCCAGCCCGGGUCCAGACCCAGCUCACAGGGUGGCUCCUGAAAGGGUCUGGGCUGCAGGCCGGAGCGGCAGGGCCUGGCAGAGGCUGUUCCCGGUCCUGCUGGAGCAGGUCUCCCCUCCUCUACAGAACGGCCCAGAGGCGUGAGCCCGGAGGGAGGGAGGGCCUCUCCCUUCACCCCUGGCCCGUGAGGCAGCCCUGCGAUGUUGGUCUGCUCACUGAGCUCCCGCUGUGUCGGGAGCUGUUUGGGGAGGGUCCCCCGCAGGCACAGUCACUGCUGCCACAGGUGUCCAAGGAGGUCCAGGCCCAGGGUGGGGGGACCUGCCUGAAGGGCUGCUCAGGACAGCCGCUCCCAUGCCAGGCCCUCAGCUUCCUUCUGCCUCCCCGUGGCCACCAGACAGGCCCUUCAGAGGGACCAGAGCAUGUGCUGGAGACAGUGGACGCAGACCCCACCAAUUGGGCUGCAGCAUCCCCCCCCCCCCCCCGCACAGGAAGGAGGCCCUGGGAGGGCCCACGGGGCCCGCGCCAGGCAGCGGGUGGCAGGGACGGACAAGAGAAUGUGCUGAGAGGACACUCAGAAACCUCCGCCCUCCUGGGGACAAAGUCCCCCUGCACCAGUGACCGGUGGCCAGCAGGCAGGGGGCCAGGAAGACCAGGCCUGACAGGGAGGGGCCGGCCCCAGCCGGACAGCUCUUCCGCCCCACAUCGCAGGAGCAGGAAGGGGACCGACCCCAAUGAGAGGCACUCCACGAGCAAGGGGGCCGGUCAGGGCUCAGCUGGAGAGAGAACAGGAUGGGCCGAGUCUCCUGGUCCAGGUGAGCUUGGGCAGUGGGCUGGGCAGCAACGUGGCCUGGGGGAGGGGCCUGGCCCGCCCUCCCCCUGCAGGUGA